UUCAAAAAAAAACAAUUGUGUGCCAUAUAUCCAUCGAGAAGCGACAUAAAUUACAUACACCAGUAUAACAGAAUAAUGGCAGAAUCGACAUAUCAGUCACAAGAAACUAAUAAAACAAUUUCAUCUGAAGAAACAUAUUUCCUACGAAUAGCAAACUUGCUUAUCAGGAUUGCCCCAUCUGCGGUCAGAGUUAAAUUUGACAAAGAAUUUCAUCCAGACGUACUUCAAAAAUCACUAAAUCAGGAAAAAUUUAAGAUGUUGGAGUCAUUAAAAAAGCGAAACAUCUUAACCCAAACACAAUGGGACUUGAUGUUUCCUAAAAUAGGAACAACAUCAUCUUCGAACUUUGACCUAACGUUAAUGAUAAGUCUGAUUAGACAUCUGACAUCUAUACCAGUAGGGGAUAUUCUACCUUUCACGACAGACACAAGUGAAGGUGCAGAUCUCUCAAGAUUAAAAUAUUAUAGGAACAAGAUUUCGCACAGCGACACUGGUACCUUAUCAGAAAUAGAUUUCCUUCAAUGGUGGACAGAUAUUUCGGAGGCAAUUCACAGACUAAGUAGAGAUCGGUUUAAACAGACUUGCACUGACCUAAAAUACGCCAAACUGGAUCAGAAUGAUAAAGAAAUACUAAUUGAGAUGAGGAACAUUGCAAAGUCUAACGACUCUAUCACAAAAGGUGUACGAAAACUUCAUGAGAUGCAAAUACAAGAAUGGGAAAGCGAAAAGAUAGUGGAAACAAGAGCUAUAAAAGAACUGAUUCAUUUGAUGACACACAACAAUAUCGUCUUGGUAACCGGUACAUUUGGCUGUGGGAAAUCUUCUGCUCUUCAUUAUAUCGCUUUACAAUUCCAUCAUGACAAAGAAUAUGAUAUAAUUCCAGUGAGUAAUCCUGAAGAAAUCAAACAAUAUUUUAAUCCGGACUGUAAACAGGUGUUUGUUAUUGAUGAUGCAUGUGGAACAUAUAGCAUCGAUAUUUAUAAGGUAAAUCGAUGGAUUGAUAUCUCAAAUGAUAUUUUAUCGAUGAUUUUAAGUAGUGACAUAAAAAUUGUAGCAUCUUGUCGUACUCACAUUAGUCAAGAUCGGUUAUUCAAAGGGAUUGAUAUCCUAUCAGAAGUGACAUGCGACAUGUUAUCAGUGAAACUAUGUUUAACAGAAAAGGAGAGAAUGUUGAUUGGAAAUAUAUUUCUCUCUCAAAAUGAUAUGCAAGUGCUUAAAACAUCAAACGAAAAUUUAAUUACAAAGUACUUUUUCUUCCCGCUUCUUUGUAAUCUAUAUCAAAAACAAAAAUCAUUAGAUAUUGUACAGUUUUUUUCAAACCCGGAUGAAGUAAUAAGAACUGAGUUCAAUAGGUUAUUUAAUGCCCAAGAUCAGAAAACAAUUGCAACAUUAAUAUUAUUCAUUGUAUAUAACAAUCGUGUACAUAAAACAGUAUUAACUAAAUCCUCAGGAAUAAAGGUAUUUUUGGAGGACAUUUCUGAUUAUCUACAUUUGCAAUCUUCGUUUUCAAUUCAAGUUCUCAAGUCCGAGAUACACAAUCUUAAAAAGACAUAUGUUCAGAAACAUGGAGAGACAUACAGUAUUGGCAAUGAAAAAGUAUUUGAUAUAUUAGUUGCUUUUUGUGGUGAAAAAUUAUUUGACCUGAUUCUUGACAUUGCUGAUGCAGAUAUCAUUCGUGAUCGUUUUUUGUUAAGAAUUAUGACAAAAACCACUGAAAAUGCAUCAUUACAAGAUGCCAUUCAUGUCGAUGAAAAGGAUGAAAGAAAAUAUUUUCACCGAUUGUUGAAAGAUAUCGAAAAUGGUUUUAUCGAAAAGGUCUUUUCAAAUCGAAACUUUAAUAACAGCUUAGUUCGUAAACAGUUUGUAGAAUACAUAAAAGGGAAAAUAGACGUUAAUAAAGUUUUAAUUCAUUUGCCACAAGAAAAACUAUAUUCACUGUUGUUAUCAAUGCUACACCAAGGUUAUAGUGAAUUGGUUCCCAUGUUGCUCGCAAAAGACAUCAAUUACAAUCUUACUAACUGGAAUGGUGAUACACCCCUGUAUACAGCCUCAUAUAGAGGAUUUACCAACAUUGUAAAAUUACUUUUAGAAAAUAAUGCCAAUCCAAAUAUCUCAACUUGGAUAUGUGAAAAGCCGCAAAACAACGUUAAACUGAAAUAUCAGCAUAACUUUGAUAAUAACAGUAAACGACACCAUUCCGAACGAGAUGAAGUUGAAAGUCCUAAUUGGGCAACUGUACGCAAAAGAAAGUGUUCUUUAGACGGACUGUUUGAUGGAAGUGUGAAUCAAAUACCUCAUCAUGUCAUCAGAAGAUACCAAAUGACAUCACUUUAUAUAGCUUCAAAGGAGGGCUACUCCGAUAUCGUAGGGUUAUUGCUAGAGUAUAAAGCUGACCCUAAUGUCAUUUGUGAUUCUGACAAGGUCAGUCCAUUGAUUGUUGCAUGUCGGAAAGGUUAUACAAGUAUAGUAAAAUGGCUUUUAUUGCACAGAGGUGAUCCUAAUAGAACUUCCUGUGAUGCGUCUAAAACUACUGCAUUGUAUGAAGCUUCAUCGAAGGGUCAUACUGACAUAGUAAAAUUACUAUUAAACCACAAUGCUGAUCACGAUAUGAGAUGUACUUGGAAAGAAGACACUGCCAUGGAUAGGGCAGUGUGCAAUAAUCAUAUAGGUGUAGUUGAAGAACUUUUAAAGUAUAAGGUUGAUUGUACUAUAUCAAACAGGGACACAAAAAUACCUCUAUUUGUCGCUGUAGAAAACAAUUAUAAGGAAAUCAUAGAUUUGAUGUUAAAUUUAAGUUCAGAUGUUCAUAUUCGAGAUAAAUUCAACACAAUACGUCUAUAUUUAGCAUCUAAAAGCGGCGACUUAAGCACAGUUCAAGAACUUUUGAACCAAAACGUUGAACCUGGAAAUGAAUAUAAUGUAUCGUCCUUGUAUAUCGCUUCCUAUGAAGGUCAUGCGGAUAUUGUUAGGUUAUUAUUGGCCAAGAACAUUGAUACUAAUAUUGCUAAUAAGGAAAAUGAAUCCGUUCUUUAUGUAACCGUAAGUAGGGGUCAUACUGAUAUUGUAAAACAAUUGUUAGAACACGACUGUAAUCCUAAUAUUUGCAAUAUUGACAAUGAAUCACCUCUCCAUAUAGCGACACGUUUGGGACAUACGGAGAUUGCGAAAUUAUUGUUAAUUCACAAAGGAGAUCCUAAUGUGUAUAACAACGAACACCAAACACCUCUUAUCAUUGCGUCAACAAUCAGUCGCGUUGAAAUUGCAAGUUUAUUAUUAGAAUAUAAUUGUGAUGUAAAUAUAUGCAACAAUGAAAAUGAAACCCCACUUUAUAUAGCAUCUUGUAGAGGAGACAUUGCAAUUGCAAAAUUAUUAUUGGAUCACAAUUGCGACCCAUUGAUCAGUAAUAAGAACAACGAAUCUCCUCUAGUAAAAGCAAAGAGUUAUGGUCACAUUGAAAUUGCUGAGAUGUUGUCCGAAAAACUCAAUAUAAAUAAAAUUUUUUACGAAAUUUAAUAUUGGAAAUAAUUGUAAAUAUUUCUUUUAUUAUUUUUUCAUAUAUGUACAAAAGUGUAUGUGAUAUGUUUUACGUUUGUCAAUUUGAAUUAUACAGUCGAGGUCCUUG